AUGAGUUUAGAGAAUGCUAUUGUUCAAUGGCUUAAUAAAUAUUAGUAAUUGAAUAUUUAGUCAUUUGAGAGCUUGGCUGAUGGUAAAGAUGCAUUUUUUAAUUAAAGGAUGCGCAUUUAGUUAAUUGUUGAAUUUAGUUGAUCCUACAUUCUUUUCUUUGGCGAGUGCUAAAAACUUAAAGAUUGAUAGUGAUGUUUAGAAGGUUUAAGGUCAUUUGUUUGAUAUGCUUUAAAAAAUUUAAUAAUAUCGAACGAAUAUUCAAUGCAAGCCUCCUGAUUAUAUUGAAAUAGAUGUUUUUGAGAUCACUGUAAAAUAAAAUAAGCAACAAAUUUUGGCAUUAUUUGAAUUGAUUAUGAAAGUUAUUCUUUCUUCUAAUAUAAGAGGAAAAUUUAUUGAGCCUAUUUUGAUGUUAGAGGAGAAAGUUUAGGAAACUUUAAUGCAUUUCCUUAAAAAUCAUCUCGAUGAAGUAUGAUAAAUUAUAUACAAUAUAGUCUGAUAAUUAAGCAAAUGAAUGGUAAGAGGAAAACUAUAUUCAAAGUCUGGUAUAAAAGAUGGAUGAAAUUGAAUCUUAAAAUACAGAAUUAAAAUAAAUACUAAAUGAAUCUGAAGAGAAAUAAAAGGCAUUAAAAAGUGCCUUAGAUGAUGCCUUAGUCUAAUUAGAAAAUAAAGAUAUGGAAAUCAGGGCACUCACAGAAUCUAAAUGUCAUUUAGAAAAAUGUAACCAAUUUUAUAAAUAAUUUAAGGUUUGGAGGAAAAGAUGGACUUUUAACUUGAAUAUAAGGAAAGUGAGAAAAUUCAUUAAAAGUGUUUGGAACAGGAACAUAAAUUGGCACAAUAUGAAUUAAUAAUUGAAGAUUUAAAAAGAAAAGAAAUCUAAUAUUUAUAACUAAAGGAUGAAUAUUAACAAAAUAAAUAUAAAUUACAAGAAAAUGAAAAAUUAGAAUAAAAAAUAGAAAGCGUAAAAAAUUAGAAAAUAUUAAUUAGCUACAAGAAAGAAGAGAAUUAGACAAAGAUGUAUACUAAAAAGGAAAAGAAAGAUAUGAAAAAGAAAUAGCUACAUUAUAAUAAAAUAUUAAGGAGUUAUUAUUAUAAUAAUCGGGGUUGAAAGAAUCAAAAUUAAAUUUAGAAUUACAAUUACAAUAAAAGUAAGCUAGAUUUGAAAGAACUUAAGAAUAGAUAAAAACUAUGGAAACUGAAUAUGGAUAAAAAAUUAGGGAGCUUUAAGAUUUGCUUGAAACUUUGCACUAAGCUGAAGAGGAUAUGCCCAAAAUAAAUAGUAGCAAUAAUUAAUAAUUGUCUUAAGAAAUGAAGUUAUCUAUGAAUUAGAAAAACGAAAAUUUUGAAAGAGAAUACUACAUUAAAGAAAAUCAUAAAUUGGAAGAAAAAAUAAAAGAAUUACAAGCUAAAAUCAAUGAAAUGCAAAUGGAAGAAGAAAGUAAGAAUUAAAAAAGCAAAUUUGAAUCAUAACUUUAAUAGUCUUAAUAAAUUUCAUUGUUAACAGAUAAAAUUAAAUAAUUUUAAGAACACAACUAAUAAUUGAAAAAAUAGAAUGAAGAGUUAAAAAAAUAGACUUAAAAUAAAAAAGUUACACAAAUUGAUUAUGAAAUAAGUUUGCUUUCUUUGUUAUCAGAAGCUUUUGCUAAAAAGGUGAAAGACUUUAAAGGUUAAGAAAAAGAAUGA